GGGGCAUGCCCGACUUGAGUAUAGGCCCUCCGAGGCCCGAGGGCCGCAUGGCCUUCCGAGGUGCCUCUCUGGAGCCGUGUCGGGCUCAGACAUGUAGCUCCGCGUGCUGGACAUGGUCCGAAGACACCGCUUCCUUCGUUCUCUUAGGGUGCCGACAGCACGGCCAAUUGGCCACGGCAUCUACGGUCCAGGAGCCUUCGUGAUAGCCAUCCUUGGCGCAGUCCUCCAAGUCUCGCCGGCUCUUCAGUUGGACAGCCCUGCGGACUUCUCGUGCAACGUGGUAGGAGGAGAGGCAGUCUCAAUAGUCAAGGGCCAAGCCCCCAAGUCUUUUGAUGAAGCAACUGCGCGCCCUGUGGAUGCGAGGAGUGGCGAUUGCUCCUACAGGACCGGCAAUUCGAAAAUCGACACUGCCCAAUGUUGUUGUCCGUUUUGGCCACAUGACGCUGACCAACUGAAGCCCUUGAGUAGCCUGAUGUUGCUCCCAAGCGAGCACAGUGCUACGAUUAAUCUGAUGUCGUUGGAGGCGCGAUACGAUGCAUCUGUGCAUGGUUGUGUCGCAUCGUUCCCAUUCCACGCUAUGAAUCCCCCUCCCCACAGCUUCAAUACAGUAGGGGAGCGCAUUUUCGGGGACAUGCCUGACGAUGAUAUAGGACAAAGACGUGUUGCAGUUGUUGUUAGCGGCGCGCUGUCUGAUCCGCACGAGCUCCUGAGCGAUUCAUUCCGUAAUGUUGAACAGGAUAUUGUCAACCCCCUUCGACGCAAUGGGAUAACAGUCGAUGUAUUUUAUCACAUUGGUUAUCAUUCAGAUGGUGUCAUCCCGGCGGAAUUGCCCUCAUGGAUUAAGGGAUUGGUACUGGAAACGCCAUAUCGAGGCGUAUACGCAAUACGCUCAUGUACCAAUAGUGUUGCCGACGAGAUGUUCAAGCAACUGAAACAAAGGAACCCUGCAGGGAGAGAUUCAGCGUACAAAACCAUGGGAUUCAUGCAACGGCACAUAUUUCUCGCGUAUCGAAUGGCUUAUACGUAUGCCCAGGAAAAGAAACGUGACUACCAAUACGUUGUUCGAACUCGGCCUGACACGAAAUUUGAUAGCACCAUUGACUGGCUUCAUCUGGAGCAACGGCUGGCCGACGUCCCACUUCUGAUUGGGGCGCAAACAUGGCUUUUCAAUCAACGCAAAUCGGGGGUUGCAGUUUCUAAUCGUUGCGUUGUUGACGACCAGUUUGCCGUCGGAACAAUGGACGCGAUGGGGGCGUAUAGCACUGUGCUUCCCGAUCUUCGAGAUUUUGUCAGAUUUGUUCAAUUUUCCAGGCCAGACCUGAACGGACACACAAACGAACGCUUAUUGACUGCUCACUUGCACUACCGUGGUGUCAAUUUUACCGACAUUCCUUUGAACUGGAGACUUCACGCUACGAAGGGUUCUCCUGACCGUCACCAUCACCGUCAGUAGGCGCUGUGCCUUCAUUGAACAGUCUCAUAUGUACCCCCAGUGUGGGCAGCAUAGGUACCGUUCUGCGACCUCAUCUGUUGCCUCUUGCCCUUGCUUCGUCACGUUCUUAUUCCCACCCCUCCUUUCCUCCUCCAGAGGGCUCCUUGGUGCACUAGCGCGCUCCCGCUUGUAAACAGGCUAUCGGUGGGCAUGCGUAUCUUGAUGCUUGCGCGGCAGUCGCACGCGGUGAGUGCCAUAUGCCCUUGUGAGCGUGUCUGUGCUUUAUCGUGCGCGUCGGCCAGGUUCUUGGCCGCGCACCACACCUAGAUCGGCAAUCCUGUUCGAUCCCACCCCUCCUUUGGUUGGGCCGACGUUGUGAGUAGACAGCUGUCGCUGCUCUCGUCCUUCUUCCGCGCCCUCCCGUCCUUGUGCCUCGAGCGAGG